AUGGCUGAAUUAUUACCAUUUCUGGGUUUGAUUGUUACCAUAGUCACUAAUACAGUCGUCUUUACUGAUGGAAGCUGCAUUCCCAGUGAAAGAGACGCUCUUUUGAAGUUCAAGCAAGAUCUCAAAGAUGAGUUAAAUUGGCUUGGCUCUUGGUCUACGCAAACCGAUUGUUGCCAUUGGAGAGGUGUUAUUUGCAACAACGUAACUGGCCAUGUCACGGAACUCCAUCUUCGCAAUCCUUAUUUUGUAAGUGCAAGUUCUUACACAACUUACGCCGAAGAUUUGACUCGUCAGAGAUCAAAGCUGCAAGCUAGUAAGUUAAACCCUUCCUUGCUUGAGUUGAAGCACUUGAAUUAUUUGGAUUUAAGCGGAAAUGAUUUUAAACAGAUUUCGAUUCCAUCAUUUAUUGGUUCAAUGAAGAGUUUAAGAUAUCUUAAUCUCUCUAAUGCUGAGUUUGGUGGAAUGAUUUCUCCUCAAAUUGGAAAUCUCACCAACUUGCGAUUUCUUGGUCUUGGAGGUACAGUUUCAGGCAGUCUUUAUAGCAAUAAUCUAAAAUGGCUUUCAGGUCUCUCUUUACUUAAAACCCUUGAUUUGAGCAAUGUCGACCUCCCAAAUGCCUCAGAUUGGUUCCAGGAGAUAAAUAAACUUGUUUAUCUAGUAGAAUUACGGUUGGGUCUUUGUUAUCUUCCUAAUCCUAUUAAUCCAACAUUAACUGCUGUUAAUUUUUCAUCUCUUGCAGUUCUUGAUCUGUCUGGUAAUAUUUUAGAUAACUCUCUUUUGGUUCCAAGUGGAUGGAUUUUUUCUCUUAAAAAUCUAAUUUUCCUUGAUUUAAGGGUAAAUAAUUUCCAUGGGCUAGUUCCAAUAGGUCUUCAAAACUUGACUUCUCUGAAACACCUCGAUUUAUCAUACAACCAUUUUAAUUCUUCCAUACCUCACUGGUUAUACAGUUUUAGUAGUGGACUCGAGUUCCUUAACCUUUUUGGAAAUGAAAUGCAUGGCAACAUACCAGAAGGAAUUCAAAGCUUGGCUUCUUUAAGAAUUCUAGACCUAUCAGGAGAAAGUAACAAUUUCCAAGUUGAUGGGAACAACCUAAUAAGAUACAUAGGCAAUCUCUGCAACUUGAGGUCCAUUGAUUUGUCCUACAUUAAGUUGAAUGUCAACGUAAGAGACCUCUUUCAGAUAUUGUCGGUAUGCAUUUCAAAUCAUUUAGAAUCAUUGUCUUUAGAGAAUUGUCAACUUUUUGGCCAACUCCCUAACUAUGCUUUUGGUCGAUUCAGAAAUCUAGGCUAUCUAUCUUUAUCAGAAAAUUCCAUUUCUGGUAAUAUUCCAAUCUCUUUUGGGAGUCUCUCAAAAUUGGAAAUAGCAUAUCUUUCUAAAAACUCCAUGGAGGGAGUUGUUACACAACUCCAUUUUGUCAAUCUAACAAGAUUGAUGAUUUUCAAGGCUGAUGGAAACUCACUUACUCUACAAGUCAGCCCAAAUUGGAUUCCACCAUUUCAGCUUGAAGAGUUAUGGCUACAAUCUUGGCAUCUAGGAGAAUUGCUUCCAUUUUGGGUUCAUUCCCAGAAGUAUUUGGCAUCCCUAGAUAUGUCUAACUCAACUAUCGUUACCAUUCCCAGUUGGUUUUGGAAUUUCUCCUCGCAAUUUGUUUACUUGAAUCUUUCAGGUAACCAAAUACAUGGAAAGAUUCCACAUUUAACUGUGAGUCAAAUUCGAUUGUACUCUCCUAGUCGUUAUGGAGGAGCCACUAUUGAUUUGAGUUCAAAUUACUUCAACGGUGUUUUGCCUCUUGUUUCUCCCGAUAUCACUACAUUAGAUCUUUCCAAUAAUUUAUUUUCUGGAACUAUUUCUCACUUCUUGUGCUCUCAAGUGAAUAUGGAAAUUCCAUUCAAUGAGUCGAUGAACAUGGAAUUCAUAAAUCGGCAAUUACCAAAAGCAGGGUAUGUGAACAUGGCAUAUUUAAAUCUGGGAUCAAAUCAAUUAUUUGGAGAGAUACCAAACUGCUGGAUGAAGUGGGAUGGUUUGCAAGCUGUAGAAUUGAGUAGUAAUAAUUUUAUUGGAAAAAUUCCAAGCUCUAUGGGAAAUUUGAGCUGGCUUCAAUCACUACAUUUACGUCACAACAAUUUAUCAGGAGAAAUACCUUUCUGUCUUUCAAAUUUUAAGAGAUUGGCAUCCAUUGAUUUUGGUGAAAAUCAAUUUGAUGGGAAAAUUCCAAAAUGGAUUGGUACAAAAGUUUCCACAUUAAAGAUUCUCAAUCUCCGCUCAAACAAAUUCCAUGGUCCUAUUCCUCAUGAAAUUUGUUACUUAAAGGAUCUGCAGAUCUUGGAUUUGGCUCAUAAUAAGCUCUCUGGAUCUAUACCAAAAUGUAUUAGCAACUUUAGCGCAAUGAUCUCAGCAAAUGAUUCAGAUGAUUUCAUGUCAUAUCCUAUUAUUCCUAUUAUUGGACACUCGGCUUUAGAGAACGCAAAACUUGUAAUCAAAGGGCAACUGCGCGAUUACAAUAAAAUUCUUAAAUGGUUAAGAAGUGUGGAUAUCUCUAAUAAUCUUUUAUCAGGAGACAUACCAAUGGAAGUGGCAGGUCUCGUUCGACUACAGGCAUUAAAUUUGUCGAAUAAUUUUUUGACAGGAAAAAUUCCUGAAAAUAUAGGUGAUAUGAGAGAACUCGAGUCUUUGGAUUUAUCAGGAAACAAACUCUCAGACAAAAUUCCUCAAAGUAUUUCUGUCUUAAACUACUUGAGCCACUUAAACUUGUCAUAUAAUAAGUUAAUAGGCAAAAUUCCUUCAAGCACUCAAAUUGAUGGCCUUAAUGUAUCAUCUUUCAUUGGCAAUCAGCUUUGUGGGCUUCCAUUGAAUAAGACUUGUCAUGCGAGCUGGGAUCAUGUACUUGAAGGUGAAGGAAAUGGAGGAGGAGAGUAUGAUGAUGAUGAUGAUGAUUAUAAGCUGCGGUGGAGUACAAUGAUAUAUGGAUUCGUGGUUGGCUUUUGGUGUGUGGUUGGUCCUAUUAUGUUUAGUAGGAAAUGGAGGUUAGCUUACUUCAAUUUUCUGAGUAGCUUGGUGCAGAAAUUUAAAAGGUGCUUUUGUUUGUGA